AUGGGGAACUCGAGCGGCUGCACCGUGGACGACCUGCAGGCCGUGGAGAUGCACCUCUGGUACAAGAAGUUCAUGACCGAGUGUCCGUCCGGUCAGCUGACGCUGCACGAGUUCAAGCAGUUCUUCGGCCUGAGGGGUCUGGACCCGGAGGCCAGUGCCUACAUCGAGCAGAUGUUCCGCACCUUCGACAUGAACAAGGACGGAUACAUCGACUUCAUGGAGUACGUGGCGGCGCUGAGUCUGGUGAUGAGAGGGAAGAUGGAGCACAAACUGCGCUGGUACUUCAGGCUGUACGACGUGGACGGGAACGGCUGCAUCGACCGACACGAGCUGCUCAACAUCAUCAAGGCCAUCCGUGCUAUUAACGGCAGCGACGCACAGGAAGUGACGGCGGAGGAGUUCACCAACCGAGUGUUCGAGAGGAUCGACGUGAACGGCGACGGAGAACUCUCGCUGGAGGAGUUCGUGGAAGGAGCUCGGAGUGAUGAGGAGUUCAUGGAGGUGAUGAUGAAGAGCUUAGAUCUGAGCCACAUCGUAGCCGUGAUCCACAACCGCAGGAACAGCGUCUGA